GUGAAAGCAAAUCAAGCAUUUGUAAACAAACAGAUUCAUGUCGAUAAACAGAUAGUAAGUGCUAUAAACGUAUACUAGCAUUCCAAAUGGAAGCGAUAAGCAGGUGUGAGGCUUAAUCCUUCGUUUACAACCACUUAAAUUUAUUUUCAUUAUCAACCACAACAUCAAUAUAAGAAAGCCUUCUGGAAAAAUAAAAGCGUUUUAAAUAGUAAGAAUAACACAACCGACACACUUGAAAUAUGUCACGUGGAAUAGCAGUCGACUUAUCGUGAAUUUGAUCAAUAUGGUCCAGAGGAAUUGUCGUCUAUUAACUAACGUCUGCACUCAAACUAUUGUUUCGGAUCGUAAAGGAACUUCACUGAACAUUUUUUCUUUCGAAAAUGGUUAUUUGGACGUAAUAUGUAUACUGGAAGACGCGUGUGAAAUUCAUUCCCAGUUAUGGAAAAGGUAUUGGCUAUAAUGACCGUGAUAAUGUUAUAUAAUUUUUACAUCUGUUAAAUAUGAAUUUAAAUAUGUUGAUAGCUCCUUCAUACUCUGCAUUCCACGUUCGGCCCCGAACUAUAGUGUUAAUAAUAUUGACAAUGUUGCUGUACAUAGUUAAAACAACAAUGUCGGAUUUCACUUAUCAACCAAGAAGAGCGCCACCCAAUCUACAGAAGUUUGAAAGAACGGUCAAAAAUAUUCUAAAGUGCCGAAAUGUGCCUGCUGCAUCAAUCGCACUUGUGAGGGAUAAUAUUGUCCUCCUGUCGAAGAAUUACGGCUACGCUGAUCCCGAAAGACAGAUUCCCUCUAACAGGAAUACAAAAUUCUGUAUAGGUUCCUUAACUAAGGCAUUUACAGCUGUUAUUCUUUCUAAAAUUCUCAGUGAACAUCCAAACGUGACGUGGGAAACUUCGGUUAAGUCGAUACUAGGAGAUGAAUUUCGACUGAGCGAUGAUGUAAGAACUGAUCUGGUUAACAUUCAAGAUUUGCUAUCCCACCGAGUAGGCACACCAGCUUACUUUAACGCUCUGUUGGUUGGUUUCCCAGAAGAUGUUACCAGAGAAAAACUUAUCAGGCGCCUUCGUUUUAUGCCCGCGGUUGCACCCUUUCGAAGCAAAUUUAUGUACAGCAACUAUAUGUACACAUUAGCAGGUUAUGUAGCUGAGACUUUAAGUGGGAAAUCCUGGGAAACUUUGGUAAAGGAAUAUAUGUUAACGCCACUUAAAAUGACAACAAGUGGGUUCAUCAAUGAAAGAACAGAUUUUAAAGAUAUAGCCUUACCAUGUGCUGUUAAACAUGGAAAAUUGAUUAAUUUGGACCCAAUACUGCUCCAGUCUGUUCACCCUUGUGGUCCAGCUGGGUCUCUUUUCUCUACCUCAGAUGAUAUGGCAAGAUGGCUAUUGAUGUUGUUGAGUUCUGGUAGAGACAUGUCCAAUAAAGAAGUGUUUAAAUCCGAUGUUUUGGAACAGACAUUUAAACCCGUGAUGCCAUUACCAUUUCCUGACCAAGAUCUUCACAGAACAAGAUACCCAAUAGCAGAUGUUCAGAUGUCAUACGAUCUUGGUUGGGUUACUUCAUACUAUAGAGGUUAUAAGAAGAUUUGGCAUUCAGGUGGUAUAACUACACACUCAUCGAGAUUAUGGUUCUAUCCAGAAAACAAUGUAGGCGUAUAUGCUGCAGUAAACGGACCUCAAACACGAGAAAAGAUAUAUGCUCUCCGUGCUUUAAUGAGUUACGCUAGUGAUAUGUUACUUGGAGAAGAGCCCUGGCUUAACGAUACAACAGUUUGUACAUUCCCAGCACCCUGGGGUGUUCGUGCCGAUAUAAAGGAACCUAAAAUUAGUAGAGACAUUGCAGGUGAAAUACGUCUCCGUCCUUCAACGGAUUUAGUUGGUCGAUAUUUCCAUCUUGGGUUUGGCGAAAUACGGGUUUACUUUGGGAAACGUGGAGCACUUGUCCUCCAUUUUGGGCGUUUUGGUACAAUGGUACUUAACCAGGAGAAAGGUUUGUUAUUCUCAGGAAAAUAUUUUGGCCCUCUUUGGUUUGUCACGGAUUCUGAUGAUAGCUUCGAACCUGAAAAGGUAAGGUUUGUACGCAGUGGAGGUAAAACUACUGGUCUAUACUUUCAUGUUGAUCCUGCAUAUAAUGCCUCUUUCUUCAAAAAAGGGCGAAUGCCAAUUAUUUGGCUGGAAAAUAAAAAUUCAAAAAAUACGUCAGAAAGGCCUUGCAUAAGCGGUUCUAUAUCUGCGUGGACAAAUGUCUUUGAAUUGAUGUUCCUCUGUUUGGUGAUAGGAUGCAAAUUGAUUUGAGCAUACAGAACAGGUUUGAUAUGGUUAUCGUUGUGGUGAUUACAAUCAUUAUCUUUAUCUUCAGCUGUGUCCUCAAUGGAAGUGUUUGGUUUUUAUUCUAUGGAUUAAAUCUCAUUUUGGGGACAAAUUAAAAGAGUGAAACCUAUCAAAGGAACGAUGGCCCUGUUAACAUUUUCAUACAGUGGGCCAAGCUUGACAACCGGUUUAAUAACAUUAGUGCGGAGAAUUUGGUUACUUUUGUAUUAUUUGAAUGUGUUUAUAUUUGUUAUAUUGUCAGAUUUAUUUGAAUACCGUAGCUUUUUAUGUCGUUGAGGUUUUUGUUAAAUUAGAUGUUUGGAUUGUUUGGUAAUAAUUUAAAACAUUGUAUUAUUUCAAAAAUAAUUGUUUAAAACUUUAGCAUUACAUUAUAAUUUGUAUAUAUACAUAUAUUACUAGUUUAUCUCAUCAAGUUUUAUUGUCGCCGCUUUAUAUAAAUUCAUCUAUCUGUGUCUGACGAAUUUUCGUGUAUCAGCAUCACGGACAAUUGUAACAGUUAAAUCAUUUUAUUAGAUCGUCGGUAUGUAUCUGCAGAUGACCGAUAGAAGAGGGUGUUUCAUCCGAGACGAAAUACCUUUUAAAAUCAAAUAAUUUCUUAUUAUUUUAGUAGUACAUCUAUGUUUGAUGGGUUCGACCAUUUCGUGAAAUUAGCUAGAUUUAUUCGUUGUUUAAAAAAUAUGUAAAAUUCAAGAAAUUUUUAUCUCUGCUAUCCACUAAUCUCUGCCACAAAUAACGUGUACAAUAUAUCUUAUUCUGGUAACAGAUCGUGUUAGUCUAAGCCGCUGAUCGUCAUUUUAAUCCCUUGCAAAUUACAAAAUCGUGCAGGCCGUAAAGGAAUAUCACCAACAAUGGUCUAAAUGCGUUAAAGGACAAUAUUGGUGUCAGUCAUUGCCACGUAUGUGGCAGAACUGGUUUAACAUAUUCCAAUUAUAAUCUUAACACAGAGAUCAUUGCUACGAUAGAUGCAUAACGAAGAUUUGGAGAACCGGAAGUGACGCAAUAAAUGGAAAACAAGAGUUAUCCUUCUAUAUAACUGACUGAACUAACGAGCGAUAACAGUUACACGGGCGGGUUUCUGCUCACUGAUAAUUCCGUUGAAGAAGAAAAAGUGUUUUAUAAUUGAAUGUCACUAGAUAAGAUAUGAGAAAACGAGAAAAAUAGCAAUAGCCCGCACUUUCCCUUGUUUUUAUAAAUUGUAUACUUAAUAAAAACAUGGUAAUACACGGACUGUUUCUAUUUUAUUUUUUCGUUUUCUCUUAUCUAAUGGCAGACAAUUCUUUGUAUAAAUUGUCAGAUAUCCUCUCACAUUCUCAUAUAACAACGUUAGGUCUUCGAUGGAAUUAUCAGUGCGCAGAAUUCCGGCCUUGUAUCGUUAUCACUCGUUACUUCAGUCGGAUAUAUAGAAGGAUAACUCUUGUUUUCCAGAAACAGAUUUUACCAAUAUACCACAAAGUGACUUUCACAGUUUUUCGACGGAUUUGAAUAUGGAUUAUAAAAUUUGUGAGAUACUUAGUACAAUAGAUUGAUUUUUUAUUUUAUUUUAUUAUUAUUUUUUUAAAUUUGACUCCUAAUGUUCUAAAUGUUUUCAAUGGAAUAGAUAUAAUUCUGUGUCCGCCUUUCCCGAAUUUCUGGGGACGCUAUGCUCCUCGUUUCUGUACACCACGUUUUGCAAUCAGACAACACACUACCCACCAUUGAAUUUUGAGCGAUUUCAAAAUUUGUUCGCCACAUUUUCUUAUACCCGGUCUCUUUACUUGUGGUGCGUAAUUAAGUUGCAGGUAGGUCGGAUUAUCACGCCUUAAAUUAUGUCCGUUACAGUUUAGAUACAAUAACUGAACACACCAAAAGGGUGAUAACUCCAGUAAUCUUUGCAUUACUAUAUCAGAAAUACUGUAUCACUUAAUAUUUUUUACAUAUUACAUCUUCAUGUUCCUGUAAAUCAUAUAAUUUGAGUUACAUGUAUACUUAUAUUGUGUUAGGCCUAAUAAACACUGUGCAUACGUCUAA